AUGCUCAACGUCGAUGAAACAGCCGUACUAUCUGACAUGCCACCAACGAGAAGCUGGGAAGGCAAUGGACGCAAGGAUGCUCAUAUCAUCGGAUUAAACAAGCACGCAGGCUGCAUGACAGCCAUGCUGACUGUGCGUGCCGAUGUGGUCAAAGAAUUACAGAAAACAACGGAAAAGUCCCCGUAA